AUGCCGCACGUCUACCUGAACGAGAUCAACAAACUACGGUUGCUGCGCACCCUGGAAAGCGGACGAUUUCUCAGUAUGGCGUUCCACUCGUGGGAUUUGUACGAGUUCCCCCUUCUGCAGAGCACGACCGCGCACUCCUGGGCCAUCAAAGCGGCCACGCAGCUGGAGAAACCGCGCUACGUCAUCUUCGCGCUGCAGAUCGGUCGAAGGAACGCCGCGACGAAGGAUGCGUCACUGUUCGACGCCUGCGACCUCUCCAACGUGAAGCUGUUUCUCAAUUCGACGUUCUAUCCCUACGACGACAUGCAUCUGGACUUUGCGAAGAAUCGCUACGCGAUACUGUACGACAUGUAUGCCAGAUUCCGCAGAGCGUACUACGCGCUCGAUCGGGAUGACGAUGGAGCGGUGCUCAUGAUGAACAAGUUCCUGCACUGUGGACCGCUCGUGGUGCUGGACUGUGCGAGGCAGAACGAGACCGUGAAGAGCGCCACCGUCGACGUCCGCAUAGAGUUCGACUGCAGGCGUAACGUCCCGCCCGAGACCACGGCGUACUGUCUGAUACUCCACGAUCGCGUAGUCGAGUACAACCCGCUGACGAGCGUGGUACGUCGCGUCGUCUGA